UGUGAUAAUGAAUAAAUGAAUAACCGACAACAGUAUCCAUCUCUCUCAACCACUCACCGUUCCACCGCAACUGAUUAUGAACAACCACCAAACAUGGCCUUCUACCUCCUCAUCCUCGCCUUUCACCUCUCUUCCUCUCCCUAACCUAACCGCUUCCGAAUUAUCCUCUGCACGCUCCGUUCGUCUCUGCUCCCGCCCACCGCCGUCUAAACCAUCCUCAUCCGUCACCGAACACGCCGAUUUCUCCUCCCUUCCGUACGACGUUCUAACAAAAAUAGCAGCCUCCUUUGACCAGCCGAAUCUCCAAGCGACGUCGCUGGUGUGUCGGUCGUGGUGGGAGGCGCUCCGGUCACUGAGGGAGGCAAUGGUGAUGCUUAUGUGGGGGAAGCGGUUCAAGCACGGAAAACGAGGAGUUCGUCAGAAUACGGAUAAGGCACUCGAUAUGUUCACGAAAGCUGCCGCUCGUGGCUCCGCUCUUGCUAUGGUGGAUGCCGGUCUUAUUUACUGGGAGAGGGGAGAAAAGCAUAAGGCUCUUGAUUUUUAUUUAAUGGCUGCUCAACUUGGAAACGCUUCUGCACAGUGUAAUUUGGGGAUUUCGUAUCUUCAAGUUGAACCUCCAAACACUGAGCAAGCUUUAAAAUGGUUAUAUAAAGCUUCCAAAGGUGGGAAUAUCCGUGCCCAGUACCAACUUGCUCUUUGUCUUCAUAGAGAUGGUGGGAACAGAAGCAAUAUAAGAGAAGCUGUUAAAUGGUAUAUGAAAGCUGCAGAAGGCGGGUAUGUUCGUGCUAUGUACAAUAUAUCCUUAUGCUACUCUUUUGGGGAAGGACUGAGUCGCAAUCAUCAAGUAGCAAGAAAGUGGAUGAAGCGGGCUGCAGAUCGUGGUCAUAGUAAAGCUCAAUUUGAGCAUGGACUUGCUCUGUAUUCUGAGGGAGAUAUGUUAAAGGCUUUGGUGUACUUGGAACUUGCUAGCCGUGCUGGCGAAAAGGGUGCUGCUCACGUUAAGAAUGUAAUUGUUCAUCGGCUUUCUGCUGCUUCACGCAAUCAUGCCAUGCAUCUAGCGGAUAGUUGGCGUGCUUUGCCAUCAAAUUGAGCUAAAGCAUGUGUGAUUUGUGAGCAAGAAGUUGCAUUACUAUGACCAUGCAUCUUAGGGGCUAAGUCGAGAAAGAUUGCCUUAAGCAUAAGGACAAAGAAAGCAGGAGCUGGCCAAGCAACUACCUAUGUAUUACUAAUUCUGACCCUAGUGGUCUGUCUUCCUACUUCUGAUGUUUAACUUUUAGUUCGUGCUCUGUAGUACAAAUACAAAUCAAAGUGCAUUUCUAGAUGUUUUUCCUUCAAAAAAGGCUAGAUGAAUUUUUUAUAAGGUGAACUGUGCAGAGUUGAGUUGAAUAUAAACGGCUUUUUGUUUUCUUUUCAUA